AUGCAUAUGCGAACCCACGGCACACUACAUAAUUGCCCACGUUGCUCAGUUGUAACAUUCAGUGAGGAGCAGAUAAGUAGUCAUCGCAGUCAGCAUGUGCCUACGCCCGAGAAGCAGCAAUUGGUUUAUGUCUGUUCGCGAUGUCAGAUCACUUACUCUUCGGAAGAUCGUCUCUACCACCAUAUGCUCAAUGCACACGCACAAGUUAUAAUGUAUUUCUGUAAAAAUUGUGAUUUGGGUGACACUCGAGGUCUUGUUGUCUUUGAACACAUAAUGCUCAAUGAAUGUAACUGGCAGAAACAAAGGCAGGUGUUGGAUUGUUCAAAUAUGGGAUUUACGGCGGCUUGUAUGUUUCAUUAUCAGCCGGCUAGUGAAUUUGAAUAUCAGAGGAAGGUGUACGGCGGCGAGCUGCGUAUUGUUAUUCCCUCCGAGUGUGUUCAUCGCUCAUUCCUUUUCCUGCCGAACGAUUUUGUUUGCAUCACUUGUCCUGUGUGUAAUGCAUUGCCUGUUUUGAAACGUGCACCGGAUGACAACGAUGCCACGCUGAUGUGCAUGAUAAAAGCAUGGAAAGCUCGGCGACGCACUGCACUAACAGUGUACUCUCCACAGCAACAGCAACUACAGCAGCAGCAUGUUAUGGUAAGCGUACCGCAGCAAAACUUCUCGAUAUUGCCACCACAACCUAGAUGCGCCGCCUACUUUACUACCUGUGAAGCAUCCGGGAUUACUGCUGCUCCUCCUGUACUGAACCCUGCUGUUGCGGUGGCUUAUUCAUCGAAUACUGGUGUCUCGUUUGCCGCAUUCCCAGCUGCCUUCCAUAACUAUGUUAGUUUUUCCAAAUUUUCAUAAAU